CCGGCUGCAGGGUAGGGGGUCCGUGGACCUCCCGGCCUGUAGGGGGCGUCGGGCGCAGCGGAAGGGCCUGCUCCGGAGCCUGGCCAGGGCUGCGCAGUCAUGAUCACCGAGACCGCGGCGGAGCCCACGGUCCCUGCAGUGCCUGCUGCUGAAGAGGCCACCGAAGCUCGGGGACGCGAGGGGCCGGCGUGGCCCUGGAAAGACGCCCCGAUCCGGACGCUGGUACAGCGCAUCCACCAGCUGCAGGCUGAGCGCGCGCAGGGCUUCCGUCGACUGGAGGAGUGGUUGGCGCUGGUGCAGGGCAUGAGAGCCUGGGGGCUCGGCCUCAGGGUCCCCACCUGCCGCAGAGGCCACCGCCAGUACCUGCGCAGCGGCCCUGAGUACGACUUCGCGCGCUACCGGAGCACAGUGCACGAGGUGACCCAGGCCUUCGCUGCCGCCUCGCGGGAGGUGCUGGCGGUGGAAGCAGAGCUGGGCGGGCCUCGCAGGCAGCCGCUGCUCGCCGGCCACGUGCGCAGCCUGCAGGAGCUGGAGCAGACGCGGCUGGGCAUGGUGGCCCUGCUGCAGCUGAUGGAGACGCCAGAGCUGGCGGGGCAGGAGGACGCUGUACGGAUGCACCAGCUGAAAAUGAAGGUAAUUAAAACCAUGGAGGCGAUCAGCGAAGUUCUCCAGGACCUCAGGUUUGAUGCGGAAUCUGCCGAGUGAUGGCGGCUCCCCAGGGAUGCGCCGAGGGAGAUGGGAAAUGGGGCGGAUGGCGCCCAGCCCAGCGCUAACCGCCAGCUGGCUGGGGUCACGCCCCACUGCGCUGCUGACCUUCCUGCUGUUCGAGACACCUCCCACAAUAAAGAGCUCUUCCUCUGUA